AUGAGCUUCUCCAACUUGCUCAUCGAAUCUGCUCCACCCAAGGCCACCUCUCUCGAACUUGCCGCCGACGUUCCAGUUCUUGAGCCACCAUCUACACCAAAGCGCAGCCCUUCACCCAUCAAGGAAGGCCCCACUAGCCCUGCCGACACAGUCAUGUCCGAACUCACCGAGCUGACUGAGGAGGUCGACGCUAGUGAAGCUACUGAGCAAGCCACGGCAACCGUUGUCGACGAUGACCUGAUCGAGCGUGAGUUCAUCUGCAUGAACGACGAGUACAGCAAGUGCCGUACUGGCCAGUACACCAUCGCCCUUUCUCGCAAGGUCAUCUCGGACCACUUUGGUCGCAACAAGGCCUGCACCCGCGACCUCACUGACUGGCCACUCUUCUGUCGCAAGCAUUAUCAACGCGCUACCUACAACAAGGAGCUCUGGCAAGUCCGCAAGGUCAAGCUCAUUCUCCGCCAGGUCGACGUCAUCGAGGCCGGGUUUCCCGGUACUACCUACGACAUCACCUUGAAGAAGUCAGAGGAGGACCGCCUUAAUGAGUUCUCACGCAAGAUCGCUGGCGGCAUGAGCGCAGAGGAUGCCGCGGCUGCUGUGGCGCCUGUCCCCAGCAAGGCUUUCGAAGCUCCCAUCGACGUGCUGCGCGAGCUUGAUCAGUACAUUGGCAAGGGGAAGACCAUGCAGAACGUGAAGGACGCCCUGGACGUCGUCCUUCAAAUGUUGCAGGAGAAGGAAACUGAGCAAGUCCCUUCCAUUGAGUUCCUUCCUCAGCUUCCUGGCAAGACACCAACCCCAAAGAAGACUCCAGCCAAGACGCGUGUGGCAAAGUCACCCUCCAAGUCUCCUUCUAAGGGUAGUCCUCGCACCUCCGCUCGUGGAAGUGUUAAGAAGACUAACCAGAAGGCUUAA